CAGCACGGCAGGUCCGCGUUAUUAUUAUGGUCAGUCUAUAAAUACAGUGCCCAACGCAAGCAACGCCGCCGUGCGAGCGAUCCGGGAGAUCGAUUCGGGCCAAUUUGCGUAGACUUCGAGGGGCGAGAGGAGUAGUCAAGCCGCCACAAAGAUGCCGCCCAAGCGGCCACCGCCGCUCGUGCCGAAGAAGCCGAAUCCCAGCAUGAACUACGAGGUGUUGAUCUACCUCAACUCGUUCUACUUCGGCAUGUUCGCCUGCUGCGAGAUGGCCAUGGGCCUCCUGAAGGCCAUCAAUCUCAGCUACACUGGCCAUACCCUGGCACUGGACACGGGAGUGAUGAUUAGCUUCAUUGUCUUCGAGACGAUCCGCCUGAUAAUGGGACGCAUGAGUUCGCUGGCCGACCGAGGUUGGUCGGCCAUACUGUCGGUCUUCAUGACCGCACCCUGUUGCGCGGGCGUUUCCUAUCUGCUCCUGCUGCAGACCUACCGACUGCGCCUGGAGUACUGCCUGUGCACCCUGCAGAUUGCCCUCUACUUCACCGAGGUGUGGUAUGCCAUCGUCUUCGUUUUCUCGCUGUGUCGUCCAGUAACUUAUGAUUAGCCACAUAUAUACAUGAAGCCACCAUCAGCCAACCGGGAAGAGUUGCAGAUGAGAAAGUUUAGCAAUAUACAGGAUCGGAGAUGAAUAUGAUGAAUUGUAAUGAAAUACCGUGGAGAUACAUUGCAGUAGGCAGCUGAAUUGCUCAUGGCCGAAACAAAAAACAUAUGUAGCAUAUUAAUACUUAUGUAUAGUAAGGUUUAUGAUAACAUACACACACUCUUAUAUACAUAUAUUUAACGGUUUUAUAUACAAAAAUUGUUAACAUUUAAGCAUCAAUUGGAACCAAUAUAAGACAACAAGCUAAAACUUAAACUUGAAUAAUUUUCACAUUUUUAAGAUGGCAAUUUUUUUGUAAAAAAUAUCGAAAAAUACCCAAAACAAAUUUAAUGUAUGGAAUUAAUCUAAAAUAGUUUGCAGAUAACUCGAAUCAUAAAGAGAAUUGUAAUAAAUAGAAUAUGUCAAAAUCUAGUCAAAAACAGGAGCAUCUGAAUGUAAAUCGCCGAAAGAGCAACAGAAUUAUUCAUUACCACUAAGCGAAGCAGUUAGUAGUUCACACCAAUAUUCAAAAGAAGGAACUAAAUCAAGCCCAGCAAAAGUCUAGACCAUGUGUGUACUUUAAUGAAGAUACUUUAUAUAAAACUAGCAAAUAGCGUAAAUAACAUGUUCAAGACGGUACUAAAACAAAAACAAUGCGUAAAAACAUAUACAAAAGCAAAAACAAAUUAGCUAAAUCAUAUUAAACAUUUUAAGGGUGUUAUAAACUAGGCAAAAACCAUCCAUUAUAGUGCCGCAAAGUCCUUGCGAAGUUCUUCUCACUAAUUCUGCCUAUUGGCAACUGAAACCCCCGAUAAACCACGCUCAAUUAUCCCCGCCUAAAAGGAUCCGAGGAUGGGAGCGUAACUGCAGCUCCACUAAUGCUAGUCAAUAAUGUUCACAAACAUUUUCUAAGCUACACCGAAGAUUGUGUAUAAUUUGUAAGACCAUUUUGUGGUUUCAUAGCAGACUAGCGAACGCAAAACUCUCAACAGUCCACAAAUCUCAUGCUUUUAAAACGACAAUUUUAAUUAAUGAAAUCCGCUCCAAGCUGGACAAACCAAAACCAAAGCCACAUCCUAUGUUGAAUAAUUUACUUGUAUAAUAUUUAUGUCAUUUCGUUGAACGCAAAAUGUUAACAUACUUUUAAAGCGCGUGUAAAACGGAUUAGUUAAUAAAGAAAGGAAAACCAAAGCCUAA